AUGGCAUCUGCCAGCGCCAGCCGGGCAGGCGUGGCCCUGCCUUUUGAGAAAUCUCAGCUCACUUUGAAAGUGGUGUCAGCAAAGCCCAAGGUGCACAGUCGCCAGCAUCGAAUUAACUCGUUUGUGGAGGUGGCAGUGGACGGACUGCCCAGUGAGACCAAGAAGACUGGGAAGCGAAUCGGGAGCUCCGAGCUUCUCUGGAAUGAGAUCAUCAUUUUGAAUGUCACGGCCCAGAGUCAUUUAGACUUGAAGGUCUGGAGCUGCCACACCUUAAGAAAUGAACUGCUAGGCACCGCCUCUGUCAACCUCUCCAACGUCCUGAAGAACAAUGGGGGCAAAAUGGAGAACACACAGCUGACCCUGAACCUGCAGACGGAGAACAAAGGCGGCGUUGUCUCGGGCGGCGAGCUGACCAUUUUCCUGGACGGGCCGACUGUUGAUCUGGGAAGCGUGCCUAAUGGCAGUGCCGUGACAGACGGAUCGCAGCCACCUUCGAGGGAAUCCAGCGGGACCGCCGUCACCGCAGAGGGCCGGCACCAGUCCCCCAGCACCAACUGCUUCGGAGGGAGAUCCCGGACGCAUAGACAUUCAAGUGGUUCAGCCAGAACAACCACAGCAACCGACGAGCGAAGUCCUGGUACCAACAACCGGCACCGUCAAGUUCAGCCCGUCAAGAACCCAAGCCACAGUGGCUUGGCCAAUGGCACAGUGAAUGACGAAUCUGCUGGAGCCACUGAUCCCGAAGAACCUUCUGUCGUUGGUGUGACAUCCCCACCUGCUGCAGCAUCGAGUGUUACCCCGAACCCCACUGCAGGGUCUCUCCCUGCUCCGGCCACGCCAGCCGAAGGAGAGGAGCCCAGCACGUCGGGCACACAGCAGGCCCUCCCGGCUGUCCCGGCCCCCGAUGCCCUGCCUGCUGGAUGGGAACAGCGAGAGUUGCCCAACGGCCGCGUCUAUUAUGUUGACCACAAUACCAAGACCACCACCUGGGAGCGUCCUCUUCCUCCAGGCUGGGAGAAACGCACAGACCCCCGAGGCAGAUUUUACUACGUGGAUCACAACACUCGGACCACCACCUGGCAGCGGCCCACAGCCGAGUAUGUGCGCAGCUAUGAGCAGUGGCAGUCACAGCGGAAUCAGCUCCAGGGCGCCAUGCAGCACUUCAGCCAAAGAUUCCUCUACCAGUCUUCGAGUGGUUCAACCGACCAUGACCCACUGGGCCCCCUCCCUCCCGGCUGGGAGAAGAGACAAGACAACGGACGGGUGUAUUACGUGAACCAUAACACACGCACCACCCAGUGGGAGGACCCUCGGACGCAGGGGAUGAUCCAGGAGCCAGCUCUGCCCCCAGGGUGGGAGAUGAAGUACACCAGCGAGGGCGUGCGCUACUUCGUGGACCACAAUACCCGCACCACCACCUUUAAGGAUCCUCGCCCAGGGUUUGAGUCAGGGACGAAGCAAGGUUCCCCCGGUGCCUAUGACCGAAGUUUCCGGUGGAAGUAUCACCAGUUCCGUUUCCUCUGCCACUCAAAUGCCCUCCCCAGCCAUGUGAAGAUCAGCGUUUCCAGGCAGACGCUUUUUGAGGACUCUUUCCAGCAGAUCAUGAACAUGAAACCCUACGACCUGCGCCGCCGGCUCUACAUCAUCAUGCGUGGCGAGGAGGGCCUGGACUACGGGGGCAUCGCCAGAGAGUGGUUUUUCCUCCUGUCCCACGAGGUGCUCAACCCCAUGUAUUGCUUAUUCGAAUACGCCGGGAAGAACAAUUACUGCCUGCAGAUCAACCCCGCCUCCUCCAUCAACCCCGACCACCUCACCUACUUCCGCUUCAUUGGCAGGUUCAUUGCCAUGGCUCUGUACCAUGGAAAGUUCAUCGACACGGGCUUCACCCUCCCUUUCUACAAGCGGAUGCUCAACAAGAGACCGACCCUGAAGGACCUGGAGUCCAUUGACCCCGAAUUCUACAACUCCAUCCUCUGGAUCAAAGAGAACAACCUAGAGGAGUGCGGCCUCGAGCUGUACUUCAUCCAGGACAUGGAGAUUCUGGGCAAAGUGACGACCCACGAGCUGAAGGAAGGUGGCGAGAGCAUCCGAGUGACGGAGGAGAACAAGGAGGAGUACAUCAUGCUACUGACCGAUUGGCGUUUCACCCGGGGCGUGGAGGAGCAGACCAAAGCCUUCCUAGACGGCUUCAACGAGGUGGCCCCCUUGGAGUGGCUGCGCUACUUUGACGAGAAAGAGCUGGAGCUGAUGCUGUGCGGCAUGCAGGAGAUAGACAUGAACGACUGGCAGAAGAACACCAUCUACCGGCACUACACCAAGAACAGCAAGCAGAUCCAGUGGUUCUGGCAGGUGGUGAAGGAGAUGGACAACGAGAAGAGCAUCCGGCUGCUGCAGUUUGUUACCGGGACCUGCCGCUUGCCCGUCGGAGGGUUUGCCGAACUCAUUGGUAGCAACGGACCACAGAAGUUUUGUAUCGACAAGGUUGGCAAGGAAACCUGGCUGCCCCGAAGCCAUACCUGUUUCAACCGCCUGGAUCUCCCGCCGUACAAGAGCUAUGAACAGCUGAAGGAGAAGCUGCUGUACGCCAUCGAGGAGACGGAGGGCUUUGGACAGGAGUAA